AGAGCCCUUUUAUGUGGUAGCAAGACUUAAUUGUGGCCUGCAAAUACCCAAGUGCAUGUACAUACCACACCGGGCCAUUCUGACAUCUGAUGAAUUUUAAAUCAGAUGUUCCAUAGUUUUUAUUCUGUUUUUGGCAAACUGUUUUCAGUUAUAUAAACCAUUAUUUUCUCCUGUCCAGGCAAGUUUUGCAGCCUCUUAGUCAAUAUUUGUUCUCUAGUUUCAACAUCUUUAGGAAGCAUUAGAGAAAAUCUGUUAAUUAUUUUCUAGGCAUGUAACCAGAGCAGGAUAGGAAUGAUUGCUACCAAGAGAACUACUUCACCAGCUUUUUUCACCUCCCAUUUUUUUAAAGAAUAAAGACAGAAGCCUGUUAUUUGAAAGGCCGAUAUUCAUUACUUUAAAAAUCCAGUAAAAAUAUAAUUUAAAUAUGGAGAUACCAAUGUAGUACAAAAAAAUUCCUCAUUAGUAGCCAAUGUACAGCUUUAACCAAUUUAUUCAGCAUGGUCUUUCCCAGAAGUUUACUUAAUAUUCCUUUCAUACAUUCAUAAAAAUAUUAGACUUCUUACUGUUACUGUUGCUGUCCUUUACAAUCUCUUCUCAUAUACAAUGCAAACAAUCUCAUUGAUUUAUCUUCCUUUUCUGCUUUAUGUUGGAGGCUUUUUGCACAGUGAGUAUGUUUUGUUCACCUUCUCAAACAUCUAUUGCUCAGGGCUGUUCCAUGUCUGCCUUUGAUUUCCUGGAUAACAUCAGACACUAAAAAUUCCACUACAUUUAGUAUUAAGUUUCUAUUCAUACUAAAGAACAUAUUUAACACAGGGAACUAGAAGGGUAUAUGUAUAUUAAUUGUCCUGAAACUUUCAGUGGUAGCUUCGCAAUAAGUCAACAUUUCCAUUUUUAAGCUGAGAUUUUUAAAUUUGCUAAUUCCUAUGAAGACUGGAGAGAAAAAAUUAAACUCUAUUCUUCCGGUGAUUUUCAGAAUCUUGCUUUAGUCUGGCAAUGAUGAUACCAGUGAUACAUACACAUUUUUAUAAAACCUUUGCAAAACACUCACUGGUCUUAAUAUAUGAAUUCAUCAUAUGAAUUUGACUGAAUCAACAAGGAUUUUUGUUCAGUGUCUCACAUGACUGAUAACAAUAAGAUGGAUUAUAGCUUAAUUCAUAAUCUUUGAAUCUAUUACUUUAUUUAAUACCAAAGAAAACAACUAUUUAUUUAUUCUCUGCCAUUUUGUGAAAUAUUAUCCUUUCUCCUGUUUGUCCUGUUCAAAAAUCUGCAUACUGCUUUAUAUUAUUAGAGAGGUUCUUGCAGGAUCAAAAUUUUCCUAUAAAGUUUUUUCAAUAGCAUAAUUGUCUCUGAAGUUUUCAGAGAAGUCUAGUCACUCAUCCACAUAAAUCAAAACCUGCUGAGAUUUGAUCACCUCUGAAAAUCCAGGUUAGUAUUCCUGUUACAUAUACUGCUGUUGUCAGAAGAUUUACAGAUGGGAAAUGAAACCAGGUGUCAAUGAAACAAAAAUUUACUUCUGUUAAUAAGUUUUAAUAAAAUCAGUUCUAAAUGCAUGCAAGAGUUAUUACAGUCUCCUAAAUUAAUCUGAUGUAAUAAAUCUAAAUCAAAAAAGUGUAAAUUUGUAUAAGCCAUGGCACAGCAUUUCUUUAAUUGUGUACCUCUACUGCUCUCUGCAAUAUUUGGCAACUCAUAUCUGGUGGAGGUUCCUGACAGGUUCAGUAAUUAAAAUAUCCACUCAUUUAGGUCUUCAAGUCUGGGAUGUCUACAAACUCUAUACAAUGCCCAAGGAAACUCUUCAUUUGAUGUGUUAUCAUUGGGAAUUUGGGGUAGUGCAGCUACAGUGAAAUUACACCAGGAUUUCCAGUCAGAUUUUGACAAGAGCAGAAGAGAAGCUGGGCAAGUCAGAAUGACAUGAAGGUCACACAAGAAGUUGGGCUCUCUGCCUCCUCUGCUUUAGCCAUACCUCUUAUACUGCCUACCAGAGACACAGGUCUCUUCUUCACAUUGAUGAAGUCCGUUCAGAGCUACAGAUGAAGCACUUCCUUGGUUCAGUGGGACAAGGUUCUUAGGCAAAAAGGCUGCUCUUUUGUUGGUUACAUCUAGAUCAGGGUUGGGGGAGGAAUGGAAGGUUUCUGGUAGUCGAGCAUCGCUAUGGCAAUUCAAGGGUGAAUUCUUCCUCAGUCCUAAGAGAUACAGUGGUGCCAGCAGAACUGUGUAAACUCAUAAACAGUGUAAACUUUGCUUCAGUUAAAUACCAUUUGGAUUGAUUGGGCUCUGGGUUUGCUUGAGAAAUGAUGUCAGUGAGUGGUCCUCAUCCAGACCUAGAUAUUCACCUUGUAAAUUUAUACUUCGUAUGCAAAUGGAAAGGACUUGGGCCAGUAUUUCAAUAGAAUCUGAGAGGAAUACGUGAGAUCAAGUUAAUGAUAUCCAAAGAUUUCUAGGUUCUGGGAAAGCUCAGACAAUUAUAUUCAAGAGAAUUAUUAAAAUAUUGAUUACCGAUUUAAAUAUUGAUAAGUUUCAUACAUGAUUUCUGAUACCUGAGGGUAGCAGCAUAUUAUGAAUAUUACAGAAUUUUUUUUAAAGUCACAAUGUAUUUUUUUGAACUACAUUUAAUGAAAGGGAAAGAAGGUCUUCUACCUUUGAAUUUUGCCAAGAGGACAGUAACUUCUGGCAGUAAUUCUGUCACUGAAUUAUUUUCUACAUUAAUAGCAUGUAAAAUUUUGCAAUAUUCUCUGUUAGGUAUAGCAAGGAAAAAAUAUGGAAGGAAAUGGCUGGAAAAGAAGUUUCAUUGUAGGAAUUAUUUUAUUGUUAUUUAUGAUUUUUUUAAAAAAGGAAGAAAUUAUUCAAAUUACUAUUUAAAAUAUUUUUAAUGCUGCAACUUUCAAUCUUUACAUAUUAAAAGGACUAAAAUUUUAUUUUUUUGUUCACAAGACUAAGUCAAACUCUUAGGAGAAAGUUGACUCAAAAACUACUGGUAGGAAAUGGAUCAUCCAUUUCCAGCUAGACUAACAUAGAUUGAAAGAUUUUUUUGCUGUCUUCUCUUGAUUGUUUAUUUAUAGAAUGCCAUUCACAAACAUGGGUAUCCAUUAAACUCUCAGAGGUAGAUUUGCAGGCAAAUGAAUGACCACUCUGUGCACAGAGCCGGGGAUGCAAGUGUAGCCACUGUCCUCUGAAUCCAGACUCAUAUCAAAACAAAUGGCAUGAGCUGAGCCAAGGAGCUCCGGGUACUUUGUAAGGGACAACAGUGUACACUGUCACCAUCACAACUGCUCCUCUUGGUGGCAGUCUGAGUACAGAGGUCAAGGACAGAACGGAAUAGAAAGGAUUGCCCUUUGCUCCAUGCCAGCCUGUGUACUGCCUGUUUUUGUAAUUUAAUGACGUGGCAUUUUGUUUAGGGAGUAAAUUUACACUGAACUCUUUACAAACACUAUUUACUAACAAAACCAGAUCAAAAUGGCACCUCUAUUUUCUUUAGCAAGUCUUUCUGAGGGUUGCAAUUAUGAAUUGAAUUUUUUUUUCUGGGCAUAUUACUAAAAUGGAAACAAUUUGAAACAAAGACCUGAAGCUCUCCAACAGGGUGGCCACCCAGGUGAGAAUCUAAAUCAUCUAAAUCAUAAAUGAUGGAAGACACAGACAUGAUGAAGUGAGUCUAGCAAUGAACCACAAAGAUCACAAAGCAAUAGGAGAAUCUGACAAAAAUAGAGGCUGAGAGAGCUGGAACUCUUUAGCCCAAAAAGGUUUGAGGGGAUCUCAACAACAUGCAUACUGACAGGAGGACAUGAAGAAGAGAGUCAGACCCUCCCUGGCAGUGCUGAAUAAACAUUCUCAAUAGUAAAAACUUGUCAAAUAACCUAAAAUCACCAGGGAGUAAGUGUGAGAAUGGCUGAGAUGAAAACACUUCUGCCUUUUGCCUUAGUCUGUGUACUAUAAUUCAUGCCAAGCUAUGAAGAAAUCCAUGCUUUUGGUCAAAGCUGCAGUGCAUCUGGAAACCCAGGUUAACCCCUUUACACUAGACUCUCCCCCAGAGUCUAUAAUCUCUGUUGAUUAUUAAUUUCAUGAUCCCCUAGAGCUAAUAAUUGUUAGUUUUAUGAGAACAUAAACAUUUGCAGCUCUAUGGAAAAAGCAGUGAACUUACUAUCUUCAGCAUUUAUGUUUUUAAGAUUGUUUCUGUAAGGAAAGGGAUAGAGAAUUAUUGUAAAAGAAACAUGAAAUUAAGGAUGUUUAUAAGGGUUCCCAGAAAAUACCGAGUCAGUGACACCAAAACAUUUCAGUGUUAAAACCUGGCUAUGUUAGGGUCACAGAGUACCUGUUGUAAAAAACCUACAGAAUCUGUUCUCACAACCUAUCCAUUUAGGAAAAAAACCCCAAAUAACCCUAAACAUUAAUUUCUUGACUUUCCAAUGUCCAGACAGUGACCACGAUAUUAACCCAAUCAAAAGUCAUGCAAUUGAAAUAAGCAUGUUUGAUCUGCGUUUUUUCAGAAAAUCUUAACUGAAUAAACCACAGUAACUGUUACCAGGAUGGGCAGAGACAUUCAGAUACAAACAUUGAGCUGAACUGGGAAACCUUAUAAAUACCUUUGACAUUUACGUGCUGCCUGAAUCUAUUUAAAUAACCAUGUCUGUCAGUUAUCCUUCUUAGGAGUUUCCAUGUAUCACAAGGGCUCAGGAACGGUCUACUACUAAGAACUACUCCAUAAAUAGUUUGAUUUCUGUAGGUACUACAAACGUCAAAGGCAAACGACAUCACAUGUAUUAAAAUCACAAAGCAAACAUACUUUUGAGAGUCUCUGAAAUUAAAUUAAGUUUAAAUACAAAUGUGAAUUAGCUUUAAUAAAGAUAAAAUGUUCAAUACUGUGGAAAAAAAAAGGAUAGUAAAGGAGACAGAACAGAAAGUAAAUGUCAUAUUCCAGCAGAGAAACUUAAAAAUUCAUUACAACAUUUCAAAACUAACUUCUAUUGGUUUCUGAUAUUUCUUUCCAUGUCAUUUCACAUUUGACAGUGCAAGAGUGCAAUUUUAAGAGUGAAUCUAAAUUAAGGAAAAUACAAUAACAACUGCUUUAUGAUACAAGAAUGAUUAUGGGACAGCCCAGCUACAUCUAAAAUAUUUUAUUACAAAGAAAAUGUAUCACCUUACAUAGUACUUAAUUAAAAAAUUCUCUUUAUUUGUUAUGUCAAGGUAAAAAUACUGUAGUUUAUCCUUUGUAAAAACAGAUCAGCAUGAGGGAGAUUUUGUGGAAGCAUGAUAAGCAUUUUAGGUGAUCUUGCAGAUAGAAAAAAGUGAUAAUAAAAUUAUUUUGUUAGUUUACAAAAAUGUAAACCUCCAACCUUCCUGCCCCAAAAGAAAAUGGUAUCACCUGGUCAGGUUGCCUGUAUUCAGUUAUUCUCUCUCCAGAGAGUGACAUGCCACUCUAUUUCACUGAAUUAAUGUGAUGACAAUAUAAAUAAUUGAUGUUUAAACUGAUUUAUCUUGUGUAAUAAAGAUAAAUGUGUAAGUCUUAUAUAGAAGUUAAUUUUUUAGAAUUUUUUAGCUGGGUAUGAGACAGAUCCUUUAUAGGCGCCAUCUACUUCAAAGAAAUUACUAUGGGGAAUGUUCUAAAGUCAGUAAAAAAUAUGACUGAACGCAUAAUGCAAAAAAUGUUACUAUUCCUUCACAUGAUUUCAUUGAGGCUCUUCAACAUCUUCUUCUUUUAAAACACAGAAUGAAAAGUAAUGAGCUAGAAAUUAGGAAGAGGACAAGAAAUAAUUUAGCUCUAUGUAGUUAUAUACAAAAUUCUUUUCAAGUCUCUACUGCUUUUAUAUGUAUUGAUCAAAUAUUGAAACUAUUAAUAUUGAAAUUGAGUAAGAAUAAAUGUGCCUUUCUUCUGCUGUUUUCUUGCAAACUCUGUGUGUAUAUAAUGGUGAGAAUACUCUGCUGUGCUGCCACAAGUUCCUAUCACUGGGUCACCUAUCAAGAAGUUGCUGCAAACUCACACACCCACCAGGGAGGGACCUGUUCCCGAGGCUGCUGGGGGCAGCAACACAGAGAAAAUGAGCCAGGCCAAAAUGUGUUUGUAAUGUGCUGAUUCUCAUGUACCUUUUAAAAUCUGUAGCGCAUCUGUAGUCUGGCAAAAAUUAGUGCCAUACACAGUAUUUCAUAUCAUGGUCAGAGGGAAAAGUAACGUUAGGUGUCAUUGAGCAUCUAUCAGUGACCUGUUCUUUGUGCUCGACAGUAUCUGUGUCAGUUGUCCAUGUUGAUUCUUUGAGAUCUGUUGAUAAAAACAAAUGUCGACACACUGUGGCUUCUGGCAGACAGAUGAUGUUGUACUUUGGCAAUACUCUUUUCAAAUUUAGAAUGGCCAAAGGGUGAAUGUUUUAUUUUCUUACACCAAGAAUCUCUCAUUGCUUCUGAUUUGGAUGCUAUAAACAGAAGAAAGAUUAAUUGCAGUCCUCCUACUGUGCUGGAAUUCAGAUCUGUUUCAAUGAAAACAGAUCAUUUACUGUCAUAGUUGACACUUAAAUUAGGCCUUUUCACACAUGUAGAUUUGGAAUGUUUGCUCCUCAGAUUCAACAUAUUUUCCACCAUUCCUUUUCCAUUCAUGUGUGUAACAUAAAACUUCUAAUGACAGGAAACUUCAAACAUGUAUAACCAUAUAUCUGUAUCUAUACAGAUACAUGGUUAUCUAUGGUAUAUCUAUGACCAAACUCAAGAUUCUCUCUUUGCCUAGUAUUUGUCAGUUAGUUUCCUUUUAGUGUUAUUUAAUAGAACAGACAUCUCCAACUUUUUCUGAAGAAAGUGUAGACCCUGACUGGAUAUUUAUGCUUAUCAAAUAAAAACUUUACUGUUUCCUCAACUCAGUUUGAAUUCAAUCAGUUUUCUGAUUUUAUUCUUUCUUUUGGCUCUCUUCUUUUCAAGGGAAAAAAAAACAAAAAAAACCCAAGCCAUAUCUGGCUGUGCUAAGUCAAAUUCUAAUUCUUUUAUUCCAUUGUCACCUAGAUAAAUCACUGGAGUGCUUGAGGAUUUCACACAUUUUAUUCAUAUAGCUUUAUAAUUAUUUACUUUUAGUAAUCCAAUUUCCAUCAUCUCCUGACUAUUUCAAGGAAAUCUAAGUUCUACCAUUUAAAAGAUUUCGCUGUAACAUUCUGUUUUCCUGCCCUUAAGUGCCUCUCACAAAUACACGUGUGUACAUCUGUGCACGUGUAUAAUGUGGGCUAAGUAUCUGGGUGGAAUUUCUCAUAUGAAGUUCUAAUAGGAACUUCUGUGUGCACAGUACAGUAUAUAUACUGUGAAUAAAGGAGAUAACAUACAGGUAUACAUAUCUACACAUCAGACAAUUUUAUAAGAAUUAAUUGAUUAGUUUAAAAUGCUAAAAUGAUUCCCUGAGGAUUUAUGAGCUAAGAAUGCUCAGGGGUUUAGUGUCCUGACAUCUCUUUAAUUAGCGGUCUCCAAGAUCUCACACUAAGAAGAUGCUAAGCCAGUGCCUUCUGUCAUAUCUCAAGAGCAUCAGAAGGCUUGGAAGCCACAGAGGAAGAUGAAUCUAUUAUGUCUGUGAGCUAUACAAUAUGUACAAAGUACAUUUUUCUUACUAGUAACAGGUUAGGACUUCUUGCUACCAUUCCUGCUUUGAUGGUGAUGCAGUUCUAAAAGAAAUCCUAAGAAAAAUCCAGCAAAAAUGGGUGAGGUAAAUAAAGAUGCCGUUGAAAAAUACUUGGAGAACAACCCCCAGUUUGCCAAGGAGUAUUUCGACCGAAAAAUGAGACCAGAAGUGGUGGGAAGUAUCUUUAACGUGAACCCUGGAGAUGUGAAGGAAGGAGUCAGCUUCAAAGACAUGUCCCGUCUGGAGGAGAGUAACAUAAUUUUUGAGUUGGUAACAGAAAUUCAGGAUGAGGCAUGUGUUAUGGAAAAGAUGGUGCACAAGGCCCUACAGAGGCUGGCACAGCUGCUGGCAGCUGAUCGGUGUAGUAUGUUCAUUUGUCGUUCCCGAAAUGGUAUUCCAGAGGUAGCCUCCAGGAUUCUUGAUAUCACUCCAACUUCCAACUAUGAGCAGAAUUUGGUGAAACCAGAAAAUGAGACUGUUUUUCCUCUGGACAUCGGGAUAGUGGGAUGGGUUGCUCAUACCAAGAAGUUUUUUAAUAUACCUGAUGUGACAAAGAACAACCAUUUUUCUGACUUUAUGGACAAAAAAACUGGUUAUAAAACAGUCAAUAUGUUGGCAACUCCAAUUACACAGGGUAAAGAGGUGCUUGCUGUUGUGAUGGCACUCAACAAAUUAAAUGCCCCUGAGUUCUCAAAAGAGGAUGAAGAGGUAUUUAAAAAAUACCUCAACUUUGUAUCUUUGAUGGUAAGAAAUAAUCACACGUCGUAUCUCUACAAUAUUGAAUCACGAAAAAGCCAGAUGCUUUUGUGGUCUGCCAACAAAGUAUUUGAAGAACUAACAGAUAUAGAACGACAGUUUCAUAAAGCACUGUAUACUAUUCGAAUGUAUUUGAAUUGUGAAAGAUACUCUGUUGGUCUGCUGGACAUGACUAAAGAGAAGGAGUUUUAUGACGAGUGGCCAAUCCGGCUGGGGGAGGCAGAGCCUUACAAAGGCCCCAAGACACCUGAUGGACGAGAAGUCAACUUUUAUAAGAUUAUUGACUAUCUGUUACAUGGACAAGAAGAAAUCAAAGUCAUUCCGUCACCUCCAGCUGAUCACUGGUGUCUUGUCAGUGGAUUGCCAACAUAUGUUGCUGAAAAUGGUCUUAUUUGUAAUAUGAUGAAUGCACCAGCAGAUGAAUACUUCACAUUUCAGAAAGGACCAGUGGAUGACUCUGGAUGGGUUAUCAAAAAUGUCUUGUCAUUGCCUAUUGUCAACAAAAAAGAAGAAAUCGUGGGAGUUGCAACAUUUUACAACAGGAAAGAUGGAAAACCUUUUGAUGAGUAUGAUGAACAGAUCACUGAAACUCUCACACAGUUCCUGGGUUGGUCUGUUUUAAAUACUGACACUUAUGACAAAAUGAACAAACUUGAAAACAGGAAAGACAUUGCUCAGGAAAUGCUUAUGUACCAGACAAAGGCCACCCCUGCUGAAGUUGAAUCUAUCCUGAAAUACAAGGAGAAAUUAAAUGCAAAAAGUUUAGAUGAAUGUGAUCAAAAGGAUCUCAUCAGGAUUUUGAAAGAAGAACUACCCGAUCCAAAAGAUUUGGAACUGUAUGAAUUCCGCUUCAGUGACUUCCCUGUUACAGAGCAUGGCCUGAUAACUUGUGGAAUACGACUGUUCUUUGAGAUAAAUGUUGUUGAAAAAUUCAAAGUCCCAGCUGAGGUCCUUACAAGAUGGAUGUACACAGUCAGGAAGGGUUAUCGGGAUAUCACUUACCAUAACUGGAGACAUGGAUUCAAUGUGGGACAAACAAUGUUUACUCUGCUGAUGACAGGCAAAAUAAAGAAAUACUAUACAGAUUUAGAAGCCUUUGCCAUGGUUGCUGCUGCUUUCUGCCAUGACAUUGAUCACAGAGGGACCAAUAACUUGUAUCAAAUGAAGUCAGCUGCUCCCCUGGCAAAACUUCAUGGCUCUUCCAUUUUAGAAAGGCAUCACCUAGAGUACAGUAAAACCCUGCUGCAAGAUGAGAGUUUAAACAUCUUCCAGAACCUAAAUAAGCGCCAGUAUGAAACCGUUCUACACUUAUUUGAAGUUGCAAUAAUAGCAACUGACUUGGCUUUGUAUUUCAAGAAAAGAACUAUGUUUCAAAAGAUUGUGGAUGCAAUUGAAAAAAUGGAAACAGAAGAGCAGGCAAUUAAGUAUAUAUCUAUUGACCCAACGAAAAAAGAAGUCAUCAUGGCUAUGAUGAUGACUGGAUGUGAUCUGUCUGCAAUAACCAAGCCCUGGGAAGUGCAGAGUAAGGUUGCCCUCAUGGUUGCAAAUGAAUUCUGGGAGCAAGGUGACCUGGAAAGAACUGUGCUACAGCAACAGCCUAUUCCCAUGAUGGACAGAAACAAAGGAGAUGAACUACCUAAGCUCCAAGUUGGUUUCAUAGACUUCGUGUGUACAUUCGUGUACAAGGAAUUCUCGAGGUUUCACAAGGAAAUUACACCUAUGUUUGAUGGUCUUCAAAACAACAGAGUUGAAUGGAAAACACGAGCUGAUGAAUAUGAAGAGAAGAUGAAAGCUAUUGAGGAACAAAAGAAAAAGGAAGAAGAAGCAGCUGCCCAAAAAGCAGAAAGUGCUGCUGCAGGUGGUGGAGGUGGUGAAGAAGGAAAAUCCAAAACAUGUGUAGUUUUGUAAUUCUUUGUCUCAGACACUGUUCCUGCUACAAGAAAAGGCAUCUAGAAAGAACUUCAAUGAGCCCCUGUGGAUUCCUGCUUUGCAUAGAAUAGCAUAGAUCAAUUUCUUAAUCCUCUUAAACACUUGCCAUUUGUUGGAAAUAAUUUUUAAUGGAUUAAAAAAAAAACGGUUACUAUUAAAAACUGGAAAAAAUAAUGGUGCAAAAUGA